CAAUCAAAGAUGAAAUGGAAUCUUUCUUGGCCGGCUUUAGCGCCGCCGAGGCUCUUCGCCAGUUGACGCUAGCCUAGCUUCGGCUCAUGUCCUUCCACUCCAUGGGUCUAGUACGCGACUCCGUGUGGCUCUCGUUAGUCAUGAUGCGGCGAGCCCAUAGCCUUGACCACGCGCCGUUCACCUUUCUGCGCCUUGUGGACACCGCUCUAGACCAGUCAGGCAUAUUGUGGCCAGACCUAGAGACGCGGACUGACCUUAACGCCGAAAUACUAGUUUGUGUGCCGGAAAGGGGUUCGUCUCCCGAAUACUACUCUGACUAUAUUACGGCUAGUACCAUGGCUACUGCCAUAGUUCGCAUCGGGAGUGAACCGGAAGCCCGGUUUGGUAAGGCAUUGCGCGGGCGUAUACUGCUGAGCGCGUUGCACCACUGUGCGUUUCUAUUCUCCGAUCACGAGUAUCCGACGUGGUGGAUUGCGAACGAACCUACAGCCAGAUACAGCACUGCUAAAAUGAUCUUUCUAGCGUACGCAGUAUUCAGGCGGCAGCGGACGGAACAAGAAGUCAACUGGUCGAUUUUGGAUGCUUUGCUCGACCGGGGGUUUUUGACAUCGAAGACACGAACGCGGCUCCUUCCAAUGCCCGGGAUUCUAGAUAAAGCGGUCGACCACACCGGCUCUUCUGCCGACCCCAAUGAUGAUCCCGGCACCGUCACGAACACCCCUGCCUCUCCCCAUUAUAGCCUCGUCGAGCUUAGCGUUUGGCAGCACUACUUAAUCGUCGAGUGGCUCUUCCAGCAUGAUGCACUGUCCCUAGAGACUGAGUCGAAGUUGUCCCGUCAAGAGAAGGCCGCGCACUUCGGCGCGGUAGUACAGAGGUUUCUGCGGCGGGGCGGAGUCGGCGCCGAGUCGAGAUUUGCCGUGUCAGUCUCGCCAGAUGGGACCAGAGCUGAAUUUGCUUUCUGGAACGAUUCCGGAGACGGAGGAGGGGCUAUGACGGAAACCCCCACCGUAACCUGUUGGGUUGGACUUCCACGAGGAAUGCCCCUAGACAAGGUGAAGGCGAGAGACGUGGGGAUCCGACCGGCCCCUUUACAGGGAGCUGGAGGGAACGGAAAUACGUCUGCUCACUCAGGAGCUGGAUCGCGGGACUGGAGGACUUGCCGGACAAGGAGGAGUUGUUGCGGCUUGUGGACGGGCACGAGUCUUCUCCCGGCGAUGUGUGUCGGACGAAGCAGGAGGAAAUAUCACCGAUUGCCGACUCCAAGAGCUCCGGAUCGAGGACGCUACUGACCGUAGUCAAGGGUAUGGGGUUUGGCUACAUCAUUGUGCUCACGCUAGCCGUGCCUCUAAUUGCUAUUUUGAUGUCGGUUUUCUGGUCGGAAUGACCCUAAAGAAUGCUCCGCGGCUUCGAAGGGUCCCGUGACUGCUCUGCUCUCUUCAUGGUGGCAGAGUUCGAUUGGGUUUGGAAUUUUCUGAUAGCUACUACUCUACACUUUCCUG